AUGUCGUUCUCCAACCUUGCGAGACACUUCCGACGGUCUCGCUCGAAGGGCAGCAGCGGGUCUUCCGGAACCCCCAGGGGAGACGAUUCUCCGCAUUCCAGCCGCAGCGGGUCUGUGCCUCUGGGAACGACUGCUGAAGCUGAAGACGGGCCCGUGGGGCAGACGCGUGUGGAGAUGCCGACACCUAUGCCCUCUCCUUGGGUCGCGUCACCGCUGUUGACGAUGCCUGCACCAUCGAUGCCAGCGUCGGCCGCGCCCACUGGUCCUAUGAAUGGAGCGCUAGCUGACCUGACACCCUUGUAUGGACACCUGGAUGCUGGUCCGUCUGUUCCGCGAGAGCAGAAGGCUAUGGACACGCUGGGCGACAAACUCGGCGGUCUGACCAAGAAAGCCAAUGAGACUAUGACCGUAAUCAACAGUCUCUCCGCGACAGCGGCCGCUAUAGAGAAGACCGACUUCGUUCAGAAUAUCGAGCGCGGGAUACAGCACUUUACGGAUGAUAUCCCGUGGCUCAUGAAAGGCUUGGACGAACUGGCCAGGAUACACCCCGCGGUGACGGUGGUGGUUCUGGCCUUCAAGGCAGUUUAUGCGCUCGAAACAACUCGGCAAGAGAACGAUCGACGUGUCAUGACCCUCUAUGUCGAGAUGAAAGACAUGAUGAUGGUCAUGGUCCAACUCAAGGGCGUUGAAAACCGCAAACACGUUGGGCUUGACGGCCUCGUACUCAAAGAUCGCCUGGAGGAGCUCGCGGAGAAAACGGCGCAGAAUAUCAAGGACUGCGCGAACUUCUGCGAUACGUUUCUCAAGAAGCGCCUCAUCGUCAAAGUCUUAAAGGGUCCUGCUUGGGCUGAGAAGCUUUCGGGAUUCGUGAAGACGUUCACCGAACGCAAGUCCGAUUUCCAGUUCGCCCUCGCGAUGCACACGGCAAACUCAAUUACAGACGUUAAGAAGCAAACAAUCGAGAUCGACGCUAAGCUCGAUGUUGUCAUCGCACUCUUCGACCGUUUCCUGACAGCAGAAGAGCGCAAGCUAGCCGCCGAGGUCGAGCGUGAGGGUGGUGCGACGAAAGUGCGACAGAGCGACAAGUCGCUCAAAGCCCUUCUUGAACUGGACAUCUCUAUACGAAGUGCUCCGACGGAGAAGGAUACACGCGAAAAGACUGCCAUCAAACAACGCGAGGGUCCGCCAGGUGUUCGUGAAGGCCGCUCAGUAGCCAAGGACGGUACGUCCCGCGGCAAGGACGGCGUCAAACAAGCGGCGAUGCCGCUGGACGACCUGAAGUGGGAGCUGCGUGAGGAUAUCGACGAUGCUCUCGACCGGAACUUCGGGACCUUCAUAAGCAAGUUCGAGCUCCAAGUCAGCUUGCUGCAAGUUGCGCUGGAAAGGUAUAUCCGCACCGAGAACGAUCGUGUCAUUGGAGCGGUGAAGGAUGCGGUCACUCAAGGCCCCCAUAUGAAGAUCAAACACCCCGAGCUGCGCAAAAUAUGGCAAGACAUGAACUGGCGCGGCAAUGUCAAGGCUCGUCUAUUCGUCAUGACCCUGCGGGACCACUAUCGGGACGUCAUCGAGGACGCUCAACACGCCUCUAGUAGUAAAGGAGACAUCAUCGUCAACGACGAUUGGACUCUUGAGUACUUCGGGCCUUCGUGGCUUCAGCCGAUGAUGGACGCCUUCGACGAUGACGUCUCGGGUUAUGUCACUAUAUCGGAAGUCAACAAGGUCAUGGAUCUGCAACCUCCCUCUCUAGGUUGGAGUGUGCCUCGUUGGCUCGCGUACUGGGCUGUGGGUUGGGGGCUGGCUGCGACAAAAUAUGCGACGGCGAUCGAUGAUACGCUGUGUCAUAUGCGCGACGCGCUGCCGCGUAUCCUGGGCAUGAACCGCCUCGCAGUCGACAGCUAUCUUACAGAGACAUGGGGACCUUCUCUCACCCUCACCGGUGGCGUCGAGUGGCACGGCGACCCGCAGUUACUCGCGCGCUUUCAGGUUUACUUGGACCACGAAGAGGAGCGUCUCCGUUCCAACUUGGAACACGUCAAGUAUCACAUAGAUGCUUCCGAUACUCUGUCCCUUGUGCUCGGGCCGCGCAAACUGGAGAAGUGCAUUCUUCCUUUGCUGUACUUGCUCACGCAGAAUCACUAUCGGAUGUUCAAGGCCGCCCAAGUAGAAGUUCUAGCUGAGCAUGAGCUCGAAAACGCACGCAGGACUAUGGAAACACUCUUCAUCGCCGUUCGUGACAGAUACUCUGAGCUGCAAGAUCUCUUCACGGAACAGAAACUCGACCCCGAGGCACACUUCAAGAAAUACGCUCGCGGCCUGUUUAUCAAUCACAGUCCCUUCGUAGAUUUCUGGAGCGUAGACAACAUGUUCCUCUUCCAACUGAAAUCGGCGACCGAAGAAGACAUGGAUGUUACGGACUUGUCCGGUAUCGAGCUGGACCUCGAAGGAGUAGUCGAUACUAGCCAGUAUGAUGCGGUCGACGAUGAGACCGAAGACGAUCUUCUGGCACCAAUGCCCGUCAACGCUGUGCUCGGUCUCUGGAAUGGCUUUCCGUUCGAGGAAUCCGAGUAUCCAGCAAGAGGAAUGCUGUCCCUGCGCUUCCACUACUCGGAUAAAGAAGGCGAGAACUUCAUGGGCUCUGGUGUCGAGUUCGAUGGCGACCGGUACACCAUCUCUGGAACUUGCGAAGUUGACGAGGCCGGCCAGGUCUCCAUGUCGUUCAGCAUGACGUACGGCGACCUGGUCAUCUACUACUCCGCCCGGCUCCUCGACGAAUUCACGCUCGAAGGCUGGCGAGGGUACGAGCCUGAUCAGUUGGACGACUGGCAAUUCGUCCUCAAGAAGGUGCCCGCGGAGCAGAUGUUCUUUCGGCCGAGCCCCAAGGUGCUGCGAUCGAGCGACAGACCGCGCAAGCUCUGGCAAUAUGCGAUCUCCACCAUCGUGCACGACAUCCGGCGAAAGAACUGGUCAUGGUCGUAUUUCGCUCUCCGGCGCGACGCACGCAAGCGCUAUGUCAGACUCUUCGCUGUGUCAUAUGGACGCUUGAUGCCCUACGAGGCAGAGGAGUGGAUCCUGGCUAGAUUACUCUGCACGGCGAAGGACGCUCGCUUCUAUCACAGCCUCACCGAACGCUUCAACAGAAUUUUCCCCCUGCAUCAACCUCGGUGGUGUGACAACUGCUUCAGUGUCAUCGGGGGUGCCCGUUUGGUGUGUCUUGACUGUGUGGUACAGAAGGCCAACUACCAUGACCGUAUCAACUUCUGCGACGACCCUGUCUGCUACGAAUCCAUGAGCGAAAGCGUCGACAGCUUUGGACAGGACCACCACCCUGGCCAUGACUUUAUGAAGGUCCGAACUAUUGUAAACGCUGUAGAGAUGGCCGAGCUCCUUUUCAAGGCCCAGUGCGCCUUGGACGACUACCGUGGGCUCUCUGGGUACGGCAGUCACCCAUGUCCUCCGGACGCUCCGGGCGAUUCGGUGGUGGAGAACCAGGCGGAACAGGACGUCAACCAAGAUGAGACGUCGUCACCUACGAACGACGGAGAGCCGGGCUCACAAAAUGCUCAAACGGAGCAUCCGGGUGCCGUGUCAGGCGAAUGCGAGUCCGUCCUUGAGCCUGCCCCCAAGCGAAACGACGAAGCACACUCGGCUUGUCCUCCGCCGCCAGAAGAACCGCCACAGCCCGCUGUCGGCAUGGUGGAGCCCAGUGUCGCUAUAGGGCGGACCUCUGAAGGAGCGGUACUUCCAGACGCAGUGACGCUCUCGGACCCUACCUCAAGCUCAACCGAAGCAUUCCAUGACAAGAACCUGUCCAACUAUGACUCUCCGGAACUGAACACCGCGAUUCCCGACUCGCCACGUUCGGCCUCCGAGUCCCUCGAACAUCCUGAUGCGGAACCAUCAGGCCCAGAUGCUGCAGACGACGACGCAUACGAGGAACCACCACCACAGGAGUGCAAAUGCAGGGUAUGCCAAAAUCCUGUUCACAUCGGCAAGUGCUGGUUCUGUCUCGUAUGCCAAGACUUCGUCUGUAACGAUUGCGACGCGCACCUGUACAUCCACUGUCACGAGUGCAGCAAGCCGUUUCCACAACCCGAAUGGUACAGCGGGAUGCGAGCUAGUGACUUCAUAUGCCCGAUGUGCUCCGCGAAGGGGGUCAAAGAGCGACCAGACAUUUUCGACAAUGGCGACAGGUCGCAUGUUGGCAUGCAUCCCCUCGUCCAGUGCAAGCAUAAGGUGCCAGACCCGCCCAAAGAGACGUCGGAGGUUGCGGAGGUGUCCAGCGAGCAGCGUCUCGCCAGUCUGGAGGAAAGGAUGGCUGCUAUGGACUCCAAGCUCGAGCACUUGCAGGAACAUCUGGUGCGGCUGGAGAAGACGCAGACGGACAUGCAGGAUGUAAUUCUAUCCAGGUUGGACGAGGCGCUCUUGAGGGUAGUUGAGAGGGUAUUAAACGGACAGGUGCGGCCAGAUAGCUAGUUACUUCAUCCAAAACUGCG